GCUGACACGGGCAGAGCCACGUCACUCACUCCAGAGUCCCGGGCUCGGUGGCUUCUCCGCAAACAUGAUCCUGAUGACCAUGAUCGCCCGGGUGGCCGAUGGGCUGCCCCUGGCCGCCUCCAUGCAGGAGAAUGAGCAGUCUGGGCGGAAUCUGCAGGAGUAUCAGAACCAGGCCAAGCAGCUGUUCCGGAAGCUGACGGAACAUUCUCCGACGCGCUGCACCCUGGAGACCGGCUCCCUCAUGUUCCAUUACCUCAUUGACCGUGGUGUCUGCUACCUGGUGCUGUGCGAGGGCAACUACUCCAAGAAGAUGGCCUACGCUUUCCUGGAGGACCUGCAGGCAGAGUUCAGCGAGCUGUACAUUAAGAAGGUGGCCACUGUCUCCCGGCCCUAUGUCUUCAUUGAGUUUGACACCUACAUACAGAAGCUGAAGAAGUCCUACAGUGACUCAUGGUCUCGCCGGAAACUCGGCUCCAUCAACACCGAGCUCCAGGACGUCCAGCGCAUCAUGGUGACCAACAUUGAGGAAGUGCUGCAGCGGGGGGAGGCGCUGUCGGCCCUCAACACCAAAGCCAGCAACCUGUCCAGCCUCUCCAAGAAGUACCAGCUUGAUGCCAAGGAACUGAACUCCAGGUCGCGUUUCACCAAGGUGGCGGCCACCGGUGUUUGCAUCUUCAUGGUGGUUCUGUACUUCUGGUGGUUGUGAGACCGCCUGCGAGGGAGCGCUGGGGACACGUGGCGAGGGCGGAGGACUGGGAGGUGCUGCUGGGCACCGAGCGCCGAGAAUCGGCAACAUAACAGUGUGACUGAGCAUCGCGCCUUUCUGGUGCUGGUCGCUGUGGGGGCGGGGAAGGAGGAAGAGCUCUGCCGAGGCGGAGGGAUGCUCUCUCUGCAUAGUGUGAGUUGGGUACUGGGGGAGACUUCUAGUCUGUGUUGGAGGCAGGCUGCCGUUCAGUGGGUGUGGAUGUGUUCUCUCACACAUUGUUCGGUGGGUGCUCGGGGCCUCACGCACUACCACUACGGCAGUUUAGAUGCACAGCCGCGCUAGUUUGCUGUGUGUUGGCUACGGAGUGACCCUCCUUCCAUCCUGAACCAUGGUGUGGAUUCACUUUGAGUCACGCACCCUCAACACUAUCUCACAGCGCUCUUUGGACACGGAGUAAUCCUCUCACAGUGCCGACCCACAAUGUAAUUUGGAUAUUGGAGUUACCCUACCUUAACGCAGUCCCACAUCCCGGGUUCGACUCGGAGUAACCGGUUGCCCAUGAAGUACCCUUCCUUCGGCACAAAGUGAAUUAUAUACGGGAUAACUCUCUCCCGGCGCUGUCCCACUGCACGGGUUGUUUACCGGAAACCCUUCGCGGACAAAGGUGCUGGAUUUCAUUAUCUCACGCCUGUGCUGUGUGUAGCCCGGGGAUGGCGGAUGUUCUCUGUAGAGAUGAUCUGCCUGCUGCCGAGGCCCCUUCUCUCCCCCCCCCCCCGCCCUGUGCUCAGGGAGUCCAGACUUUAUCACUCGCCCGUCAGUGAUGGAUUUGUUCCUGGCGCUGGCGCCAGUUCUCGGGGCGAUAUCCAGGGACGUCGCACUCCCGCCCUUCCUCUUCCGACACCCCUCGCCCCUACUCCCAGUGUGUGACCGCUGCUGAAUUUGGCGAAGGCCGGCCUCGAAUAUUCGGCCCAGAAUGAAACAAACGGAGACCCCACGCGUUGUGAUGCGAUGAUGUAAACUACCCCUCCCUACCUGUGCAUCUCUCGAAACGUUCUUUGAAGAAUUUUUUUGGGGGGGGUGGAGGAUUGAAAGGUGUGGCGGACCAGCCCUUGGGAGGGGGUAGGGGCGAUUUGAAGGGCUAACCUGUGGUGGAGUGGGAGCUGCCUCUUGGGAUGGGAUGGCACAGUUGCUGAGGUGUGUGUGUGUGUUUGAGCCCGGGAGAAAGGUCGAGCCCUCGGGUGUUGAGGGAAGGGGCCCGUAGCUUGCUCCCUGAUCGCCCCAUACGAGCCACGGAUUGAGUCGGACGUGGCUGUCUUCGACAGGAAGGGUGCGAAGGUCGCCCAUCGUGUUUGCUACUUCAGAGGUGCUGCUUCCUGUCUGGAAAGCCAAAGCUGAUUCGGCAUGACGGUGAGGAGAGGGUGAAAGGAAGCCGGCCCAAGUUACGGCGUCCUGGAGAGCGGGAUGGAGA